AUGGUGACUACAGCCAAGACCGAAAAGGUUGAUGCCGAAGACAGUAUCACAGUUGUUACAUCACUUCUAGCGGCUGUUGAGGUUCAGGAAGAUACCCAAUACAGUUUUAUUGACACUCCUGGAAAACUUUCUUCUGUUAUAGAUGCCAUUCAGGACCUGCCUACUAGUCCUCCGUCUCUCUUCGUUGACCUUGAAGGGGAAAACCUUUGCCGGGAUGGCACCAUCUCCAUUCUUCAACUUCAUGUUUCUUCCACAGGGCGAACCUAUUUGAUCGACGUCCAUACUCUUACGGACACAACGUUUACUACUCCAAGCAAGAACGGCACAACGUUCAAGCACAUUCUUGAGUCGAGCUCAAUUCCGAAGGUCUUUUUCGACAUUCGUAACGAUUCGGAUGCUUUGUACAGUCACUACAAGAUCGAACUUCACGGCGUUCAAGAUCUACAACUGAUGGAGUUGGCGACACGACGUUUUCCCGGGAGAUUCAUCAAUGGCCUCGCGAAAUGCAUCGAGAGAGACUUGAUCCUUUCAUGGAGGGAAAGGGAAGCCUGGAAGGCCACGAAGGAGCAGGGCGUCAGGUUGUUCGCCCCAGAGCGCGGCGGGAGCUACAAGGUAUUCUGCGAGCGUCCACUCUCAGAAGCCAUCAAGCUCUACUGCGUCCAAGAUGUUAAGUUCCUGCCACGGCUAUGGUCCUAUUACAAUACAAGCCUGACAGCGCAGAAAAGAGAGAAGGUGCGCCUGGCUUCUGUUGAGAGGGUUAGGGAAUCUCACUCUGUUGGCUACCAACCCCAUGGUCGUCAGAAGGCUUUGAUUCCCAAAGGAUGGUAG